CUGAUUCAAAGUCCAGCUGAGAACUUGUAGCGAUAACAGUGAACAUUUGAGAUGUUUUUGCAGGAGCUUCAUAGAUCAGUGUUUACUGGUUGUCCUGGGCCGUGAGAGAGCAGGGAGACAUGCAGCAGUCUGUGGAGGCUCUGGUGCGCGUGCUGGAGACCUACAGAGGAAGAGAUAAAAUUAUCAGAACGGUGUGUUAUGGUUCCCAGCUGGUUGGAGGAGUUCUUUCCCGUAAAGCGGAGUCAGACAUUUCAUCCCAGCGGCUCGGGAAAAGUCUUCUGCUGUUUUCAGCUCAGCUCAGCCAAUGCAGGACGGUGCUGAGGCUGUUCGAUGAUCUCUCCAUGCUUGCCUACUCUCAUGGUUAUGGGUUUGGAGGCACGGAGGAGGAUUCAGGCGUGCGCUGGAUCUCUGUGCUGACGAACUUGGCCGACCAGCUGUAUUACCCCUGUGAACACAUCGCCUGGGCAGCAGACGCAGAGCUCAUCAAAGUGAAGUCUGAUAAAUGGUGGCUGCUCAGCACGGCGCUGUGGGGAACCUCGCUGCUGCUGGGAAUACUCAGAUCUCUCAGAGUUUUACUGCUUCUGAAGAAAAAGCUGAAGAGACAGGAGAGGGACGGAGGAGGCAGCAGUCACUCUCGGCUGCACAGACAGAUGCGAGGGGAGUUGCUCUCCGUCCUUGGCAGCAUGGCCGAUCUCAGUAAUGCUGUUCACUGGAUGCCACCCGGCUUCCUGUGGGCGGGUCGAUUCCCCAACUGGCUGGUGGGGCUGAUGGGCACCGUCUCGUCCCUGGUUGGUUUGAUCCAGAUGAGCGGCAGCAGCGACCAGACAGAUAGUACAUAAUCUUUUCCCCCACAGUGAACAGUAGAUCAGAGGCUUUGAUGAGCACCGAACAAGUGAUGUUGUGGAGGAAAUGACUGAGUAAAGGUUUGAAACAGAUCCUUAAUGUGAUCAGACUUUAGGCAGACCUUUUGGAAGAGAUUCAUUUCAGUGUUCAAUCCAUUAUACACUCAACCGCCUGGGAAUACAAUGGCACUAAGUGAGUCAACUUAUUAGACUUGUAUGAUCUAUGGCUUGAUCAGAUGUGACUGACAGCCUUUUAAAGGACAAUCAUCUUCUUUUAUGUUUAGAUUUUUCAAGCAUGUUUGUGCAUUUUAGUUUUAAAAAAUGCACAAGAUUGAAUGAUAUUGAUCAAUCAAAAGGAUUAUUUUUCUCACAGCUAUUUGCUGCAGCAUCACAUUUCAAUGAUUCAAGUAAUUAUAGUGUGUUCAAGAAAUGUUUUCAGAAAGUAGGAUUCAGGUUCUACAUGACAAUAGGUCCAGUUGAUGUUGUGUAAAGUCACAGGCAGCUCGAGGACUGAAUCGUCUCUGUACUUUGUACAUAGUGCCACCUACCCUUUGUAUACUGAAAGACAGGAAGUGCAGCCAAGACUCCAAAAACAACAGAUUCAACUGGGACGACAGCUUCUUUGCUUGAAGAAUACAAGACUUGUUUUCAAUAUGCAAAGUGGUAUGAGCCUCUGUGGCACAUACUGUAGGUUGAUUCUUCCACAGAGCACUGUGCUUGAACAGCUUUCACCUGGUUUAAGUUCAGAGGAGAUGCAGAGGGACACCAAACCUCAAUCACCUGAGAAGGUCAGUGCACAAGAAGCUGAGAAUGAGAGUGUUAAGCAACUAAAGCUGUUGAUUGUGAUUUUGAGAUAAAUACAAUGACAUCGUGGAAGGACUGCUAGUUGAUGCCUUAAAUACACAUACCGAAAGUCCUGAUUUUCAAACUUGCAUUUUCAUAUAAAGUGAUCAUAGACUGUAAAGAUUAAGAACGUGAUUCAUGAACUGUGAAUUAUUAUUUUUUACAUAUUUUGUCAUUCUUGGAUUGCUCAAGUAAAAUGUGAUUUCUAACACUCAAUCUUUGAAGAUUAAACUAGUGUAUGUUUAAACUAUAUUAUGUCAUAAAGCUGGUGUAACUCUUAUGAGUUGAGAAGCUAAAUGGUGAUAAUAUAGAGUGAUAUAGGCUACAUAAAAAACAAUAACAGCCUAGAGAACACAUUUUUCAAUGGAAUCUCGUCUGUUUUUCUAUUGAAAUUGCCAAAGUGAUAAUUGGAAGUUCAAUCGGAUUUAUGUAAUGUUAUCAUAAAUGGUAUAAGCUGAUGAUUUUCUAAAUAAAGUGAAUUUAUUUUC